AAGCAAAUUUAAUUCAAAAAAAUGGAUUUAAAGGGUAAAAAUAUUAUUUACAUUGGUGGUUUUGGUGGUAUAGGGCAAAAAUGUUUGGAAGCAUUUUUAAAAAAGCAAGUCAAGCAUUUGGUGAUCUGUGAUCUUCAGCUAAAUGCGGACGUUUUUAAAACCCUCGAAAAUCGUUAUAUUGAUUCUUGUUUAAUGUAUAUUCCCAUCGAUAUAACAAAACGUCAAAGUAUUGAGGAGACUUUUAAGUUAGCCGCCACAAAACUAGACUCUGCUAUAGAUGUUGUUGUCAAUGGUUGCGGUUUAAUGGAUGAUCGUUAUAUCGAUCUUACCAUUGAUAUUAAUUUAACUGGUGUCAUACAUAGCACUCUUAUUGCCUUAGAUUACAUGGAUAAAUCCAAGGGUGGACGGGGUGGUUUUAUAGUGAAUAUAUCUUCGGUGGCUGGUUUAGAACCAAGUGGCAUGUUUGCUGUAUAUUCAGCGGCUAAAUGUGGUUUGACUGCAUUUACCAGAGCUUUAGCAAAUCCUUUGUAUUUUGCUCACACUGGCGUUAGUUUAGUGACUAUGUGUCCCGGUUUUACCGACACUGCCUUAUUAGAGUCCAUACGUGGCAAGGAAACUUUAACAAAAUAUGCUGGUCCCAUGGCUCAACGUUUUGCUUUUGUCAAAAAACAAAGUGCCGAAAUAUGUGCUGAGAAUAUGGUGGAUAUUUUAUCGAAGGCCAAAAAUGGUUCAGUAUGGAUGUUGGAUUUGGGUAAAGUCAAAGAAAUGGAAUUCGCAGUUUUAUGGAAACCUGCCAUGAAUGAAAAAUGUAAAAAUUAUAAAAAAAAUAUUGAAUUUAAAUUGAAUUUAAACAAAAUGAGAGUUAUAUUCUUGUGUGCCUUUGUUACAUUGGCGGCCGCCUCCCGCAAUCAUCAGAUAAUAGUUUUGAAAAGUGAAAAUCCUACUACUGAGUACAGAGAAGAGGAUUCGAAAGGAUUUUAUUCAUACGGUUAUAGUAGUGAUGAUUCUGCCAAAGCUGAAUAUAAAACUAGAGAUGGUUCAUCCAAAGGAUUUUACUCAUACAUAGAUUCGGAGGGAAAAUUGCAGACUGUGAAAUAUGAAGCUGGACGCAGACAGGGUUUUACAGCUUCGGCCACUAAUUUGCCAACACCACCUAUGGAUAAUAAUCGUGCUCCCGAGCCAGUGCAAGAUACACCCGAAGUUGAAAUGGCUAAACAGGCUCAUUUUGAGGCUUAUCGUGAGGCUGCCAUUAAGGCAGCCAUGCAGCCAGACACCGGUGAUAAUGGCAGUAAUGCUGAUGAAGAUACUAAUGAGGCAGCCGCUGUAGCAUCAGGAGAAGCGGGUGGAAAUGGUCUAACUGCCGUCUCCUCGGGAGAAAAUAAUUUGAGUGCUGAACAAGCGGCUCAAUUGGAAACUGAAUUGCAGCAGAAUACUCGUGAAUUACUCAUGAAUCGUCAAAGUUCUCGUGAGCAAUUAUUGCAACUUUUAAGAGAACAACAACAAUUGGCCUCCCAAGAAAGUCAUAGCAGCGAAUUGAUUGCUCAACAACAGCAGCAGCAACAACAACAACUGCUUAGUCAACAACAACAGCAAGAACAACAACAACUGCUUAAUCAACAACAACAGCAGCAGCAACAACUGCUUAUUCAACAACAGCAGCAGCAACAACAACUGCUCAGUCAACAACAUCCACAACUUAUGACCACCUAUGUCCUAAAUGCGGAAGCACGCGUAGAGCAACCCACACUUUCGGAAUUGAAAACCAUUUAUCGUUUAGACAGCUCGGACUCUAAAGUCGAAUUGAAACUUGGUGGUUUAGAUUUGGAUAACGGUCAACAAAGAUCCCUAGAUUUAGUGCAACAAACUGCUCAAGUUCCACAACUUUCAACAGAAGAACAAAGUUUGGGUACCUUUGAAUCUAUACGUGUACCCUCCAACUCCUAUUACACCGUCAACAAUCCCGAUACCCAUUAUACCGUUGAAACACCCACUGUCUUGACCACUUUGCCACGUCUGGUAUCCAUUAGUUUGGGUAAUCAUCGCCAGUUGCCCAUCUCCUUGAGCACAGCCUUCUCUUCUCAACGCUUGAGCGGUAAAUCAGCAAGUCAUUAAGAAUAUAGUUUUUGUUUUGUUUGAGAUUAAAAUUUGCAGUUGUAUAUGUAUUUAAUGAAAGAAUUAAAAACUGGCAAAAUAUAUUAAUUAUAUAUGUAUAUGUAUGUUGUAAACCAAAUGUAGAUAAAUUUUAGAAGGAUUAAUAAAAACGCAAUGACAUUAA